CACUCCGCGAAAGAAUUUCGACGGCAGUACACUGUGCUCGAGGAGAUCGGCCGUGGCGGUUUCGGUAUCGUCUAUCGAGCUGUCCGAAUCGCUGACGGUCUGCCAGUGGCUGUGAAAUUUCGCGAACACAAAGCCACGUCGCGAGAGGAACCUUACAGGCAACCAAUUGAUACCCUCGGAGAGUAUGUCAUCUGGAAACGUGCAGCGAUGUCCCGGGUG